AUGAUCACAACUACGAUGAACGACAGUGAAGUUACUUUACAGACUCAACGUUUAGCUGGUUUUAAGGCUACCGCCAAAAAAAUGGAGGAAAUACCCUCCCUCCCGCGCAUAUCUAGUCGUUCUGGAGGAGUGGUGCUCACCGAGCCGCGCAAUCGAUUAGGUGAGCGGCACUCCCACCACCGGCAACACUAUUCGUCGGGGCGGGGCUGGCGAGGAGAGCUCGCGGGGACGGGCAAUCGGUGCUCACUUUUGCGUCUGAUGCAGGGUUUUCGUACACCCUUUGAUUGCGACAUGAUUUCUCCCGCAGAAUUUGGAUGUAGGUUCCCUCAAAAUCAAUCCUCAUGCAUGGAGGUGACGAAAUCUCUACUGCUCCGGGACGAGCUUGUCGGGUGUAUAAUUGGACGAGGAGGCUCGAAAAUUAAUAUGAUUCGUCAAGCAUCUAAGGCAUUCAUCAAAAUCGCUGAUGCUGAGGAGGGCAAUACGUUUCGCCGCAUAACGAUUAAGGGAACUCCAAAUUCGGUCCAAAUGGCCAUAUUUUACAUAAACUACACGAGGGGAUUACUCAUUAAGGAAUGGCAACUCUCCUUCUGUAGUGUGAACCUCCACCAGCAGAUUGUGCAGAUGAAUCUUGCCAUUGACAUGGCGACAAAAACUCGUUCCCGAAGUGGUGAAUAUCCGCAUCUCUUGGGCUAUCCCUGCACCGUCAUUCGACAUGGAUCUCGAAAUUUUGUUACAACACGUUUGAAUUAUGGCCCGGAUAGUAACAAAUUCAGUUGCUACCUCAAAGGCCUGAUUACACUCUGCUGA